AUGUUCUCUAACUUUUUAAGUGGUGCAAAUCCCCUCAGCUCCGUCUCUUCUGCUGUCAGAGGAAGUCUGUUUGGGGAUAAUGCGGAGGGGGACAAACAGAAAGCAGGCACUCAGCAGCCUGGGUCAGGCCCUGGCCCUCGGAAGGCCCCGCAGCAGGGACAUAGGAAACAGGACCAGGCACCUCCUAAACAGGGAGGACCCCAGCUCCAGGGGAAUGGCCAGGCUGGUCAAGCAGACAAACCUAGCGGGCAGCAAGCCUCCACUAAGGGUGGGUCAAAACAGCAAGCCCCUGCUAAGGGUGGACCACAACAGGAAGCCCCUGAUAAGGGUGGACCUCAACAGCAAGGACCUCAUAAAGGUGGGCCUCAACAGGAAGGACCUGGUAAAGGAAGACUACAACAAGCCCCCCAGCAGCAAGGACCUCCUAAAGCUGGACCACAACAAGAUUACCCUGUGGUAGGGGCUCAACAGCAAGCCCCUGCUAAGGGUGAACCACAACAACAAUGGUCACCUAAGGUUGGGGCUCAACAACAAGCUCCUAAGUGUGGACCACAACAGCAAGGUUUGCCUAUGUUUGGAGCUCAACAGCAAGCCCCUGCUAAAAGUGGACCCCAACAGCAAGGUUCACAUAAAGUUGGGGCUCAACAUCAAGCUCUUACUAAUGUUGGACCCCAACAACAAGGUUCACCUAAGGUUGGAGCUCAACAGCAAGCCCCUUCUAAGGGUAGACCACAACAGCAAGGGUCCCCUAAGUUUGGAGUUCAGCCACAAGGGUUCCCUAAGAAAGGGACUCAGCAGCAGGGCUCCCCCAGGACUACACCACAGCAGCAGGCUUCUGGUAAACCUGGGACUCAGUCUAAUGCUGGACCUAUGGCUGGAGCUAAACCCCUGUGUCCAGUGUGUAACACUAUUGGACUCAACCUGAACACCAAGGAGCCACCCAACCAUAACACCUGCACACAGUGUAAGACUGUCGUCUGCAGCUUGUGUGGCUUCAGUCCUCCUGACUCGGGUGGUAAGGAGUGGCUAUGUCUGACCUGCCAGAUGCAGAGAGCACUCGGAGGCUCUUACCCACCUGGACCCCCUAAGAUGAAGCCCCAGCCUUCACCCAACAAAGCCUCUACAUCUCCUGCACCACAGAACAAAGACACUCCAACACCAGACUCCCCUCAGAGGAAACCUGCUACAUCAGCAACACAGCCACCCAAGACAGAGGUUGCUAAAGCAGCAGACACUCAGAAACCUGCCAGCUCAGCUCCUGCUCAGAAGACAAUACAGGAGAACAGGAGAACAUCAGGGCUUCAGAAACCACCAGAGCAGCCAGGCCAACCUGGGCUUAAGCAGAGUAAUGCUUCCCCAUCCACACAGCAGGAGCCUGGGAAGCCUCAAAGAAGUGGAGCCUCUCCUGCCAAAGCUGUGCCACCAGAGGCCCAGCCCACCAAGCAGGAGUCAGGGGGCUUCUUCGACUUUGGUGUUCCUAAAUCUCAGCCUACCCCCUCAAAGUCUGAAGAGUCAGUGUCUGGGAAGAUGUUUGGCUUUGGCUCCUCUAUCUUCAGCUCUGCAUCCACUUUGAUCACCUCAGCUGUUCAGGAUGAGCCCCGCUUCACACCCCCAGCUUCCCCCAAGGUGUCUGCACCGGUCCAGGCCUCUCCCAAGAUGCCCCCUGCAAAGGAGAUCAAACCACCUGCUGCUCAGAGAGCAGAUGAGAAGAAAGCAGCGCAUCCCCAGCAGGCCACGUUUCCCCCAUCAGUACAUGCCAAAGUGGACAAACCCCCAUCAGCUCCUCCAAAGGGAGCAGCAUCCUCCCAACCAGCUCCCAAAGCAGGCCAAUCUACCUGUCCACUCUGCAAGGUGGAACUCAACAAGGGCUCCAAGGACCCUCCCAACUACAACACCUGCACAGAAUGCAAGAACACUGUCUGCAACCUCUGUGGAUUUAACCCCAUGCCACAUGUUACCGUGGCGAAGGAGUGGCUGUGUUUGAACUGCCAGACGAAGAGAAUGGAAUCCCCAGGACCUCCCAUGAUAAAACCCCAACCUUCUCCCAACAACAGUUCUGCACCUCAGAGGACCACUGUCCCACCCAGCACACCCCAAAAGAAAGGCACUCCAACACCAGACUCCCCUCAGAGGAAACCUGCUACAUCAGCAACACAGCCACCCAAGACAGAGGUUGCUAAAGCAGCACACCCUCAGAAACCUGCCAGCUCAGCUCCUGCUCAGAAGACAAUACAGGAGAACAGGAGAACAUCAGGGCUUCAGAAACCACCAGAGCAGCCAGGCCAACCUGGGCUUAAGCAGAGUAAUGCUUCCCCAUCCACACAGCAGGAGCCUGGGAAGCCUCAGCAACAGCCUCCAAAAAGUGGAGCCUCUCCUGCCAAAGCUGUGCCACCAGAGGCCCAGCCCACCAAAGAGCAGUCAGGGGGUUUCUCCGACUUUGGUGGUGCUAAAUCUCAGCCUGCUCAGUCAAAGCCUGAAGAGUCAGUGUCUGGGAAGAUGUUUGGCUUUGGCUCCUCUAUCUUCAGCUCUGCAUCCACUUUGAUCACCUCAGCUGUUCAGGAUGAGCCCCGCUUCACACCCCCAGCUUCCCCCAAGGUGUCUGCACCAGCCUCUCCCAAGAUGCCCCCUGCAAAGGAGAUCAAACCACCUGCUGCUCGGAGAGCAGAUGAGAAGAAAGCAGAGCAACCCCAGCAGGCCACGUUUCCCCCAUCAGUACAGGCCAAAGUGGACAAACCCCCAUCAGCUCCUCCAAAGGGAGCAGCAUCCUCCCAACCAGCACCCAAAGCAGGCCAAUCUACUUGUCCACUCUGCAAGGUGGAACUCAACAAGGGCUCCAAGGACCCUCCCAACUACAACACCUGCACAGAAUGCAAGAACACUGUCUGCAACCUCUGUGGAUUUAACCCCAUGCCACAUGUUUCUGAGGUGAAGGAGUGGCUGUGCCUGAACUGUCAGAUGCAGAGAGCACUGGGAGGAAUGGAAGAUCCAGAACAUCCCAUGAUGAAACCCAAACCUUCACCCAACCAAGUCUCAGCUCCUGCUGCUCCUCGAAAGAAAGACACUUCAACAUCAUCUGGUCCCUAUAAAGUAGCCACUGCACCAGCUUCACCCAAAAAGGAGCCAGUGACUCGAACCUCUCAGCCUGUCCCCUCAAAACCUAAAGACUCUGUGUCUGGGAAGAUGUUUGGCUUUGGCUCCUCCAUCUUUAGCUCUGCAUCCACGUUGAUCACCUCAGCUGUUCAGGAUGAGCCCCGCACCACACUGCCAGCUUCUCCCAAGGUGUCUACAACAGCCCAUGCCUCUCCCAAGAUGCCCCCUGCAAAUGAGAUCAAACCACCUGCUGCUCAGAAAUCAGAGGAGAAGAAAGCAGCGCAUCCCCAGAAGGCCAUUGUCCCCCCAUCAGUACAUGCCAAAGUGGACAAACCCCCAUCAGCUCCUCCAAAGGGAGCAGCAUCCUCCCAACCAGCUCCCAAAGCAGGCCAAUCUACUUGUCCACUCUGCAAGGUGGAACUCAACAAGGGCUCCAAGGACCCUCCCAACUACAACACCUGCACAGAAUGCAAGAACACUGUCUGCAACCUCUGUGGAUUUAACCCCAUGACACAUGGAUCAGAGGUGAAGGAGUGGCUGUGUCUGAACUGCCAGAUGCAGAGAGCUCUUGGAGGAAUUGAACCCCCUGGAACUCCCAUGAUUAAACACUCGAUCAGCAAAGUCUUGACACCUGUUGCUCCUCAAAAGAAGGACACUCUCACCCCUGCUGGUGUUCCAAAAGUGGCCACUUCACCAACCUCACUGAAAAUGGAGCCAGUGACUCGAGCCUCUCAGCCUGUCCCCUCAAAGCCUGAAGACUCUGUGUCUGGGAAGAUGUUUGGCUUUGGCUCCUCCAUCUUCAGCUCUGCAUCCACGUUGAUCACCUCAGAUGUUCAAGACGAGUCCCGCACCACACCGCCAGCUUCCCCCAAGGUGUCUGCAGCAGCCCAGGCCUCUCCCAAGAUGCCCCCUGCAAAGGAGACCAAACUACCUGCUGCUCAGAAAGCAGAGGAGAAGAAAGCAGCGCAUCCCCAGAAGGCCAAUGUCCCCCCAUCAGUACAGGCCAAAGUGGACAAACCCCCAUCAGCUCCUCCAAAGGGAGCAGCAUCCUCCCAACCAGCUCCCAAAGCAGGCCAAUCUACUUGUCCACUCUGCAAGGUGGAACUCAACAAGGGCUCCAAGGACCCUCCCAACUACAACACCUGCACAGAAUGCAAGAACACUGUCUGCAACCUCUGUGGAUUCAACCCCAUGCCAAACGUUCCUGAGGAGUGGCUGUGUCUGAACUGCCAGAUGCAGAGAGCUCCUGGAGGAAUGGAACCCCCAGGACCCCCCAUUAUUAAACCAUCUCCCAACAAGGUGUCUGCACCUCAAACGGUCACUGUCACACCCAGUGCAGCCCGAAAGGAUAUUGCAACAGCUGCUGCAUCUGCGAAGAAAGACAGUCAAACCCCAGGCUCCCCUCAAAGGAAACCAAUUCCCCCUGCAGCUGAAGUGUCAGAAGCUGAAGCUGCUAAAGCAGCAGAUACUCAAAAACCAGCCAGCCCUGUGCCUGCUCAGAAGGCUCCACUAGAGAAUCGGAGAACAUCAGAACCACCGAAACCACCACAGCAUCCCAGCCCUGGGCGUAGGCAGAGUAGUGCCUUCCCAGCCACACAGCAACCCCCCAAGCAGGAAUCCGGAGGCUUAUUUGUCUUUGGAGGUCCCAAAUCUCAGUCUGCCUCCUCAAAGCCUGAAGAGUCAGUGUCUGGGAAGAUGUUUGGCUUUGGCUCGUCCAUCUUCAGCUCUGCCUCCACUUUGAUAACAUCAGUUGUUCAGGACGAGCCCCGGACCACACCGCCAGCUUCCCCCAAGAUGUCUGCACUGGCCCAGACCUCCCCCAAGAUGCUCCCUGCAAAGGAGACCAGACUACCAGCUACUCAGAAAGCAGAGGAGAAGAAAGCAGCGCAUCCCCAGAAGGCCAAUGUCCCCCCAUCAGUACAUGCCAAAGUGGACAAACCCCCAUCAGCUCCUCCAAAGGGAGCAGCAUCCUCCCAACCAGCUCCCAAAGCAGGCCAAUCUACUUGUCCACUCUGCAAGGUGGAACUCAACAAGGGCUCCAAGGACCCUCCCAACUACAACACCUGCACAGAAUGCAAGAACACUGUCUGCAACCUCUGUGGAUUUAACCCCAUGCCACAUGAAACAGUGAAGGAAUGGCUCUGUCUGACCUGCCAGAUGCAGAGAGCACUUGGAGCAGUGGAACCCCCAGGACCUCCCAUGAUGAAAUCCCAACCGUUGCCCAGCAUAGUCUCUACACCUGUUGCACUUCAAAAGGAGAAUGUCACACCUGCUGCAUCUCCAAAGCCGACUCCAGCUCCAGCUAAACCCCAGAAGGAGGAGAUCCCACCCUCAGCAGAGGCACCAAAAUCAGAGCCUGAUAUAUCAAUAGUUGAAGCUGCUACAGCAGCAGACACUCAAAAUCCGGCAAGCCCAGUGCCUGCUCAGAAGGCUCCACUGGAGAACCGGAGAACAUCAGAACCUCAUAAACCACCACAGCAGCCCAGCCCUGGGCGUAGGGAGAGUAGUGCCUUCCCAGCCACAAAGCAACCCCCCAAGCAGGAAUCAGGAGGCUUAUUUGGCUUUGGAGGUCCCAAAUCUCAGUCUGCCUCCUCAAAGCCUGAAGAGUCAGUGUCUGGGAAGAUGUUUGGCUUUGGCUCGUCCAUCUUCAGCUCUGCCUCCACUUUGAUAACAUCAGUUGUUCAGGACGAGCCCCGGACCACACCGCCAGCUUCCCCCAAGAUGUCUGCACUGGCCCAGACCUCCCCCAAGAUGCCCCCUGCAAAGGAGACCAAACUACCUGCUGCUCAGAAAGCAGAGGAGAAGAAAGCAGCGCAUCCCCAGAAGGCCAAUGUCCCCCCAUCAGUACAGGCCAAAGUGGACAAACCCCCAUCAGCUCCUCCAAAGGGAGCAGCAUCCUCCCAACCAGCUCCCAAAGCAGGCCAAUCUACUUGUCCACUCUGCAAGGUGGAACUCAACAAGGGCUCCAAGGACCCUCCCAACUACAACACCUGCACAGAAUGCAAGAACACUGUCUGCAACCUCUGUGGAUUUAACCCCAUGCCACAUGAAACAGUGAAGGAAUGGCUCUGUCUGACCUGCCAGAUGCAGAGAGCACUUGGAGCAGUGGAACCCCCAGGACCUCCCAUGAUGAAAUCCCAACCGUUGCCCAGCAUAGUCUCUACACCUGUUGCACUUCAAAAGGAGAAUGUCACACCUGCUGCAUCUCCAAAGCCGACUCCAGCUCCAGCUAAACCCCAGAAGGAGGAGAUCCCAGUACCUGCGGCUGGCCAACAAGAGAUCACUCCACCCACUGUACCUCAGGAGACACCAAUUCCCGCUGGAACCCCAGCACCAAAUGCAGACAAAAAGGAGGAGAACCCACCAAUAGGAUCCUCACAACAUAAACAAGCUUCACCUGCCCUGGCUGAGAAGGAGAAUCAAGAACCUAUAAUUGUACAGAAACCAGUGGACCAACCAAUUCCAGCAACACCCAAAACCAGUGGAGCUGCUACACCUGUACAGCCGCCAGAAAAGCAAACUCCUCCACUGCAACAGCCUGCUUCAAAGGCAUCACAACAAGUACAGUCCCAGCAAGCUCCAAAGCCAGACCUCGAAACUGCUCCCCUAAAGGAGCCAAUGACUCCUGCUUCAGAGAAAGAGAAGAAGAACCCAGCACCAGGGUCACCACAGAAGGAAUUAUCUCCAGCAGUGGCUUCACAGCAGGACAAAACCCCAGUGGACAAAUCAACUCCAACCCCUGUUCAACAUCCUCCACACCAAGAGACUCCACAACAAGAAGAGCAACAAGGUCAGCCUCUAACAGCGACACCGAAAGGAGAGCCUGGGAAGCCUCAACAACAGCUUCCAAAAGGUGGAGCCUCUUAUGCAAAAUCUGUACCACCACCACAGGCCCAGCCCCACAAGCAGGAGUCAGGAGGCUUCUUUGGCUUUGGUGGGGCUAAAUCUCAGCCUGCUCAGUCAAAGCCUGAAGACUCAGUGUCUGGGAAGAUGCUUGGCUUUGGCUCCUCUAUCUUCAGCUCUGCAUCCACUUUGAUCACCUCAGCUGUUCAGGAUGAGCACCGCACCACACCUCCAGCUUCCCCCAAGGUGUCUAUGACUCCUGCUUCAGUGAAAGAGACCCCAGCAGCAGGCUCGUCAAAGAAGAAGGAGAAGACUCUACAACAACAAGGACAGCCUCCGCAGCCCUCAGCAGAGGCACCAAAAUCAGAGCCUGAUAUAUCAAUAGUUGAAGCUGCUACAGCAGCAGACACUCAAAAUCCGGCAAGCCCAGUGCCUGCUCAGAAGGCUCCACUGGAGAACCGGAGAACAUCAGAACCUCAUAAACCACCACAGCAGCCCAGCCCUGGGCGUAGGGAGAGUAGUGCCUUCCCAGCCACAAAGCAACCCCCCAAGCAGGAAUCAGGAGGCUUAUUUGGCUUUGGAGGUCCCAAAACUCAGUCUGCCUCCUCAAAGCCUGAAGAUUCAGUGUCUGGGAAGAUGUUUGGCUUUGGCUCGUCCAUCUUCAGCUCUGCCUCCACUUUGAUAACAUCAGUUGUUCAGGAUGAGCCCCGGACCACAACGCCAGCUUCCCCCAAGAUGUCUGCACUGGCCCAGACCUCCCCCAAGAUGCCCCCUGCAAAGGAGACCAAGCUACCUGCUGCUCAGAAAGCAGAGGAGAAGAAAGCAGCGCAUCCCCAGAAGGCCAAUGUCCCCCAUCAGUACAUGCCAAAGUGGACAAACCCCCAUCAGCUCCUUCAAAGGGAGCAGCAUCCUCCCAACCAGCUCCCAAAGCAGGCCAAUCUACUUGUCCACUCUGCAAGUGUCGAACUGCAUCCGACUCCAGCUCCAGCUAAACCCCAGAAGGAGGAGAUCCCAGUACCUGCGGCUGGCCAACAAGAGAUCACUCCACCCACUGUACCUCAGGAGACACCAAUUCGCGCUGGAACCCCAGCACCAAAUGCAGACAAAAAGGAGGAGAACCCACCAAUAGGAUCCUCACAACAUAAACAAGCUUCACCUGCCCUGGCUGAGAAGGAGAAUCAAGAACCUAUAAUUGUACAGAAACCAGUGGACCAACCAAUUCCAGCAACACCCAAAACCAGUGGAGCUGCUACACCUGUACAGCCGCCAGAAAAGCAAACUCCUCCACUGCAACAGCCUGCUUCAAAGGCAUCACAACAAGUACAGCCCCAGCAAGCUCCAAAGCCAGACCUCGAAACUGCUCCCCUAAAGGAGCCAAUGACUCCUGCUUCAGAGAAAGAGAAGAAGAACCCAGCACCAGGGUCACCACAGAAGGAAUUAUCUCCAGCAGUGGCUUCACAGCAGGACAAAACCCCAGGGGACAAAUCAACUCCAACCCCUGUCCAACAUCCUCCACACCAAGAGACUCCACAACAAGAAGAGCAACAAGGUCAGCCUCUAACAGCGACACCGAAAGGAGAGCCUGGGAAGCCUCAACAACAGCUUCCAAAAGGUGGAGCCUCUUAUGCAAAAUCUGUACCACCACCACAGGCCCAGCCCCACAAGCAGGAGUCAGGAGGCUUCUUUGGCUUUGGUGGUGCUAAAUCUCAGCCUGCUCAGUCAAAGCCUGAAGACUCAGUGUCUGGGAAGAUGCUUGGCUUUGGCUCCUCUAUCUUCAGCUCUGCAUCCACUUUGAUCACCUCAGCUGUUCAGGAUGAGCACCGCACCACACCUCCAGCUUCCCCCAAGGUGUCUAUGACUCCUGCUUCAGUGAAAGAGACCCCAGCAGCAGGCUCGUCACAGAAGAAGGAGGUAUCCCCGACAGUGGUUUGCCAGCAGGACCAGAAGCCAGUGGACAGACCGACUCCAACACUUGUCCAACAACCUCCACAACAGAAGACUCUACAACAACAAGGACAGCCUCCGCAGCCCUCAGCAGAGGCACCCAAAUCAGAGCCUGAUAUAUCAAUAGUUGAAGCUGCUACAGCAGCAGACACUCAAAAUCCGGCAAGCCCAGUGCCUGCUCAGAAGGCUCCACUGGAGAACCGGAGAACAUCAGAACCUCAUAAACCACCACAGCAGCCCAGCCCUGGGCGUAGGGAGAGUAGUGCCUUCCCAGCCACAAAGCAACCCCCCAAGCAGGAAUCAGGAGGCUUAUUUGGCUUUGGAGGUCCCAAAUCUCAGUCUGCCUCCUCAAAGCCUGAAGAGUCAGUGUCUGGGAAGAUGUUUGGCUUUGGCUCGUCCAUCUUCAGCUCUGCCUCCACUUUGAUAACAUCAGUUGUUCAGGAUGAGCCCCGGACCACAACGCCAGCUUCCCCCAAGAUGUCUGCACUGGCCCAGACCUCCCCCAAGAUGCCCCCUGCAAAGGAGACCAAGCUACCUGCUGCUCAGAAAGCAGAGGAGAAGAAAGCAGCGCAUCCCCAGAAGGCCAAUGUCCCCCCAUCAGUACAGGCCAAAGUGGACAAAUCCCCAUCAGCUCCUCCAAAGGGAGCAGCAUCCUCCCAACCAGCUCCCAAAGCAGGCCAAUCUACUUGUCCACUCUGCAAGGUGGAACUCAACAAGGGCUCCAAGGACCCUCCCAACUACAACACCUGCACAGAAUGCAAGAACACUGUCUGCAACCUCUGUGGAUUUAACCCCAUGCCACAUGAAACAGUGAAGGAAUGGCUCUGUCUGACCUGCCAGAUGCAGAGAGCACUUGGAGCAGUGGAACCCCCAGGACCUCCCAUGAUGAAAUCCCAACCGUUGCCCAGCAUAGUCUCUACACCUGCUGCAUCUCCAAAGCCGACUCCAGCUCCAGCUAAACCCCAGAAGGAGGAGAUCCCAGUACCUGCGGCUGGCCAACAAGAGAUCACUCCACCCACUGUACCUCAGGAGACACCAAUUCCCGCUGGAACCCCAGCACCAAAUGCAGACAAAAAGGAGGAGACCCCACCAAUAGGAUCCUCACAACAUAAACAAGCUUCACCUGCUCUGGCUGAGAAGGAGAAUCAAGAACCUAUAAUUGUACAGAAACCAGUGGACCAACCAAUUCCAGCAACACCCAAAACCAGUGGAGCUGCUACACCUGUACAGCAGCCAGAAAAGCAAACUCCUCCACUGCAACAGCCUGCUUCAAAGGCAUCACAACAAGUACAGCCCCAGCAAGCUCCAAAGCCAGACCUCGAAACUGCUCCCCUAAAGGAGCCAAUGACUCCUGCUUCAGAGAAAGAGAAGAAGAACCCAGCACCAGGGUCACCACAGAAGGAAUUAUCUCCAGCAGUGGCUUCACAGCAGGACAAAACGCCAGUGGACAAAUCAACUCCAACCCCUGUCCAACAUCCUCCACACCAAGAGACUCCACAACAAGAAGAGCAACAAGGUCAGCCUCUAACAGCGACACCGAAAGGAGAGCCUGGGAAGCCUCAACAACAGCUUCCAAAAGGUGGAGCCUCUUAUGCAAAAUCUGUACCACCACCACAGGCCCAGCCCCACAAGCAGGAGUCAGGAGGCUUCUUUGGCUUUGGUGGUGCUAAAUCUCAGCCUGCUCAGUCAAAGCCUGAAGACUCAGUCUUCCCCAAGGUGUCUAUGACUCCUGCUUCAGUGAAAGAGACCCCAGCAGCAGGCUCGUCACAGAAGAAGGAGGUAUCCCCGACAGUGGUUUGCCAGCAGGACCAGAAGCCAGUGGACAGACCGACUCCAACACUUGUCCAACAACCUCCACAACAGAAGACUCUACAACAACAAGGACAGCCUCCGCAGCCCUCAGCAGAGGCACCAAAAUCAGAGCCUGAUAUAUCAAUAGUUGAAGCUGCUACAGCAGCAGACACUCAAAAUCCGGCAAGCCCAGUGCCUGCUCAGAAGGCUCCACUGGAGAACCGGAGAACAUCAGAACCUCAUAAACCACCACAGCAGCCCAGCCCUGGGCGUAGGGAGAGUAGUGCCUUCCCAGCCACAAAGCAACCCCCCAAGCAGGAAUCAGGAGGCUUAUUUGGCUUUGGAGGUCCCAAAUCUCAGUCUGCCUCCUCAAAGCCUGAAGAGUCAGUGUCUGGGAAGAUGUUUGGCUUUGGCUCGUCCAUCUUCAGCUCUGCCUCCACUUUGAUAACAUCAGUUGUUCAGGACGAGCCCCGGACCACACCGCCAGCUUCCCCCAAGAUGUCUGCACUGGCCCAGACCUCCCCCAAGAUGCCCCCUGCAAAGGAGACCAAACUACCUGCUGCUCAGAAAGCAGAGGAGAAGAAAGCAGCGCAUCCCCAGAAGGCCAAUGUCCCCCCAUCAGUACAGGCCAAAGUGGACAAACCCCCAUCAGCUCCUCCAAAGGGAGCAGCAUCCUCCCAACCAGCUCCCAAAGCAGGCCAAUCUACUUGUCCACUCUGCAAGGUGGAACUCAACAAGGGCUCCAAGGAACCUCCCAACUACAACACCUGCACAGAAUGCAAGAACACUGUCUGCAACCUCUGUGGAUUUAACCCCAUGCCACAUGAAACAGUGAAGGAAUGGCUCUGUCUGACCUGCCAGAUGCAGAGAGCACUUGGAGCAGUGGAACCCCCAGGACCUCCCAUGAUGAAAUCCCAUCCGUUGCCCAGCAUAGUCUCUACACCUGCUGCAUCUCCAAAGCCGACUCCAGCUCCAGCUAAACCCCAGAAGGAGGAGAUCCCAGUACCUGCGGCUGGCCAACAAGAGAUCACUCCACCCACUGUACCUCAGGAGACACCAAUUCCCGCUGGAACCCCAGCACCAAAUGCAGACAAAAAGGAGGAGACCCCACCAAUAGGAUCCUCACAACAUAAACAAGCUUCACCUGCCCUGGCUGAGAAGGAGAAUCAAGAACCUAUAAUUGUACAGAAACCAGUGGACGAACCAAUUCCAGCAACACCCAAAACCAGUGGAGCUGCUACACCUGUACAGCAGCCAGAAAAGCAAACUCCUCCACUGCAACAGCCUGCUUCAAAGGCAUCACAACAAGUACAGCCCCAGCAAGCUCCAAAGCCAGACCUCGAAACUGCUCCCCUAAAGGAGAAGCCUCAACAACAGCUUCCAAAAGGUGGAGCCUCUUAUGCAAAAUCUGUACCACCACCACAGGCUCAGCCCUACAAGCAGGAGUCAGGAGGCUUAUUUGGCUUUGGAGGUCCCAAAUCUCAGUCUGCCUCCUCAAAGCCUGAAGAGUCAGUGUCUGGGAAGAUGUUUGGCUUUGGCUCGUCCAUCUUCAGCUCUGCCUCCACUUUGAUAACAUCAGUUGUUCAGGACGAGCCCCGGACCACACCGCCAGCUUCCCCCAAGAUGUCUGCACUGGCCCAGACCUCCCCCAAGAUGCCCCCUGCAAAGGAGACCAAACUACCUGCUGCUCAGAAAGCAGAGGAGAAGAAAGCAGCGCAUCCCCAGAAGGCCAAUGUCCCCCCAUCAGUACAGGCCAAAGUGGACAAACCCCCAUCAGCUCCUCCAAAGGGAGCAGCAUCCUCCCAACCAGCUCCCAAAGCAGGCCAAUCUACUUGUCCACUCUGCAAGGUGGAACUCAACAAGGGCUCCAAGGAACCUCCCAACUACAACACCUGCACAGAAUGCAAGAACACUGUCUGCAACCUCUGUGGAUUUAACCCCAUGCCACAUGAAACAAAGGAAUGGCUGUGUCUGAACUGCCAGACCCAGAGGGCUCUCUAUGGACAACUGGGAGACAUGGGAAAGAUGGCCCAGUCCCAACCCAUCAAGACCCAGGCCCAGCCCACACCACUCCCUGUAGUCGCAACCACCAAGACAGAGCCCCAGCCUCCAGCAGCAGUAAGCAGCAAGGCCCAGCCUUUCUCUAAAACACAGCCCCCAUCCCAGGCUGUGCCUCUCACCUCAGUGCCCACUCCGCCUACACCAAUACCUGGCCUUGCACAAAUGGAACCAAAGAUGGAAGUCCCCAAGGCUGAAGCUCCCAUGACUGUCGCCAAGGCUGAGGCUCCUGAGACGGAAGUCCGUAAGGCGGAGACAGAGGCACCAAAAAUGGAGCCUUCUGUGGCAGAGUUUCCUAAGGCUUUGCUGCCUAAUCCUGUACCACCUAAAUCUGAACCACCCAAAACGGAUGCUCCAGCAGUAGCUGCUUCAGUUGCCUCUGUCCUAGUGACUGAGGCCAUGACUCCUCCUGCUCCUCUAUCCACCACAGUGGCUACUGCUGUUGCUGUCACUCCAGCCACUGUGGAGGAGAAGCCAGAGGCUGAGGCUCAACCAACAGAGCUACCUAAACUAGCAGAGGAGAAGGUUGAGAAGCAACCGAAACAACAGGAACCACUUUAUGUUGCUCCACAACCAGUCCAAACUGAUACUAUCAAGGAAGUGGCCACUCCAUUGGUUGAAAAGGUGGAUGAUGUCCUUCCUGAACCUCAGCAGAUACUCACUGAGAAGGAGACGGUGAAGGUGAAGGAGAAAGAGCCAACUGCAGCCUCCCUCCUAGCAGACCGGGUAGUAGCUGAGGUACCAUCCAGCCCAGCCAGUUCAUUUGAGGCUGACAUCAAGCCUGAGGACUAUAGUGACAAGUCCCAGGAUGGACCAGACAUAUUUCCCAUCUCACAGGGCUCCUAUACCUCCGAGGGGGAGCUGGAUGAGUUGCAGACAGUCAGAGAUGUCCCUAUCAUGGACACAACCCCUGACACAGCCAUACCUGCCAAGGAGGAGGGGAAUGGGGCAAAGAGGCUUCUGAGUUAUGUGCCGAUGGAGGAGAGCAGCGGGAGCGAACCCUCUCCCUCGCCCAAGCUCCAGAGACGGAGGUUAAGUGCAAUAGCAGUCAGCACGGCAGCCUCAUCCAGCAGCGAGGACUACAAAGAUGACAGCCCUACAGACAGCCCUCCAGACAGCCCAGACUCAUUCGUGAAUGAGGAGGAGUUAAUACGCAGGCAGAUCAUGGGGAUGAUGGGAGAAGAGAUGUCUCUCUCAGAGGAGGAGGAAAAAGAAGAGAAAGAGGUCAGAGUGGAGGAGACCAUGGAUGCUGUGGUGGAUAACACAUCAUGUAAAUCCAAGCCUCUGUUAAAAAAAGGCAGUAUAGAUGAUGAAGACAGCCCAGCCAGGAUACAUUCUCUCCCAGGGUCUGAGCCUAAAUCUAUUGUAGAGAGUGCUGAACUCCAUGAGCAAAUCACUGUGUAUAAGAAAGCCAUGCCCAUGACGCCGCAGAGAACAAAGAGCAUGAACGAUGGGGAUUCAGAGGUGGAGAGCAUCACAGAUUCUCUGGAGGACAGGUCCAAAGGUGAGGGGUCAUCCAGCGUCCAAGUGUCCAGCUUCACCCCUGGAACCUCCCCGACCUCAGCCUCUUCUCUGGAGGAGGACAGCGACAGCAGCCCCAGCCACAAGAGGAGUGGGGAGGGGAAACAGCCCCGCAAGGCCAAGCACAGGCAUACCGGCCAGCCAUUCCCCACCAUCGAGGACUCGUCAGAGGAGGAGGAGCUCAGGGAGGAGGAGGAUCACCCCAGGGAGCAGGAGAAACCGAAGGAUUCGGACCAGCAGCAGGGGAAGAGGAUCUCCAAGAAGUCCAAAAGGGAUAAAGAUGAUCUCCGAGCUCAGAGGAGAAGGAAUCUCCCUCUAACCUCACCCUGUAACCUGUCUUCCAUUGAAGACGCCUCUCCCACUGAGGAGGCAAGGCAGGCUAGGGAGAUGGAAGCGCUUCACAGGACAUCAGUCUCUGACUAUUUUCCUAGCAUGGAGUCUGAUUCAGACGCCUUUCACACAGAGACCAGGAUAGUUGUCCCUGAAGGACAGAAGUUCAAUACUGUAAAGCCACUAAAGAGUGCAGAGGAUGAAUAUGAGGAGAUGCUUCAGAUAGGUAGAUCUCCUAAAGGAGAGACGGAGCCAUUCCCUGAGAUAGAGCUACUUUACGAAGGCAUGGCCAUAGAGGACUACCUCUACGAAUCCCUAGUGGAGGAGCCUGAAGCUAAACGUACUUCAGCCCCACCGGAGCAGCCCAGUAAAGACCCCGCUAAAGAGCCAGGGAAGAAAGGUUUGAGGUCUCCUGAAGAGGUGUAUGAGGAGAUGAUGCUGAAGAAGAAGGAACUGAUGUUGAUAGAGCAGGAGUUUCAGAAGGUUCAGUCAGCUAUCAACACUCCUAAUCCUGAGAUACAUGUUACUGCACCAUCCUCUGCUGCAGCUGAGAGCUGCAAAGUUGGUGAGGCCGAGGGAGAGAAGCCUAUGUUAGAUGCUGGUUCUACCUACGUUAAGAGGAAGAAACGUCCUGCUCCACCACGACCCUCUGAACCUCCUAAACGGCCCGAGGUCUAUGUUGCCAAGCCAACAGUUCCUCAGGAUAUGACUAUGAGGAGGGCUCUUUUCCCCAUACCGGACUUGAAGAUCACCCAGUGUUCCUCUGGAGAGGAUGAGACGGACGAUAGUAUAGUAGAGGAGUAUGGAGUGGGAGUGUCCUCUGAUAUUGCCCCUAGUUAUGAGUCUGAGACUAAAAAAGAGCUAGAGUACACUUCAGUUUCAGAGCAUGCACCAACAACAGAGGUAGCUGACAUUGAACCCAUCACUGUGGUGUGUGAGGUUUCCCCAGCUAAAGCUACCCCAGCUCCUGUCUUUGCCCCUGAGACAGUUCUAGCCCCCUAUACGACCACCACACCUUCACAGGUCUCUCCUGUAUCACCUCCCACCUCACCAUCGACUCCAGACUCAAGUCUAGCCUCCAACGCUACGUCCUCCUCCUCUUUCCAAGCUCGAAGUCCUCUCUCUUCCGACUCUACUGCAGUGUCUACUCCGACACCAGACUUCGCCAAAGCAGCAGGUCCCUUUGCUGCUCAGCCACCUAUUGAUAUCUCCCCUCCUUCUAUUGCUCCCAUUAUGGCUGUUUCUCCAACCACAGUUUUGGUCACAAUAGAAGAUCUGGUUACAGAUCCAAUCCAAGCACCAACACCAGCUACAACUACAGCCGAUGCUGCAGCUUCUCCAGCCCAAGCCCCAGCCCCUGCCUCAGUGGUGGUACAGAUACCUGAUCCAUAUGCAGUCCAAAUACCAGACCUGGUUAGAUCUCCAUCCCAAAUGGCUGCUCAGGUUCUACCUUCUGUGCAGGUCAGAGCACAAACUCCAAUACCAAGCCCAGUACAUUCUCAAGCACAAUCUCCAGUCCCAGCUGCUCCAACUCCUGCUCCAGCUCCAGUUGUAGUCCAAAUGCCAGACAUGGUUACCAUCACCUCUCCAGUUUCACCCCAAGCCCCACUAACUCUGUCAGCCCCAGCUCCUGCCCAGGCUACAGUGGUGCAGUCAGUCCCUGUCCAGGCUGCUGCUCCAGCCCCAGUAGUAGUCCCAGCUGCAGGGACACCCCGAAUCCAGAGACAAGCCUCCACCAAAAAAGCCCCACCUCCUCCUCCACCUCGCUCUAUGUCAGUCUCCCUGCCCCAGACCUCAGCAGAGCCUACCUCAAUCAGGGCUGUCCAACAUGUCUCCCCGACCAUGACCACCGCUAUAGCCAUUGGAGCAGGUCUGCCUAGCCAGCCCAUACAGUCUGUGGUGGUGGAUAUACAGCCGCAGGUGGAGCAGGUCAGGCCAAAGGGUGAUGCUGGCCCUCAGGUCAUGAUGACCCCAACCAGACAGGGGCAUGUGGUCAUCAUAGUUCCUAAUGUGGAGAACAUGUCGGUGCUCAGCCAGUCGACCCAAGACCUGGCAUACUCAGUGGCAAUAACUACCACUUCUACUGUUGAUAAAGGCAGUAGUCUGAUGGCAGCAGGGCCUGUGGUUGUGAGUGUUGCUCCUUUCCCUACUGCUCCCUCUGUUCCUGCUGUACCCAGCUCAGACACAUGUAUACCUGUGGCAGAUACACCACCACCUCCCACUCCUCCACCACCUCCCGCCACCUUACCCAAGCCAGCGGUUUAUCCCAAAAAGUCUUCUGUUUCCACCCCACCUUCAGUCCCAACCACAGUAUCAGUCUCAACUGCUGUGACAAUGACACAGGGAACUGUAACAACCACAGGCCCCAGUACAGUACACAAGACAUCUGCACCCCCUCCCGUCCCUCCCAAGCCUGUGUCCAUUCCUGCAGGGCUGGUGUUCAGCCACCGUCCAGGGGAAAGCAUCAAACCACCAGUGGUUCCUACCGCUAGCCACACUCUUCCCAGGACCAGAGAAGUGGUACCAAACGCCAGCAUAGCACAGCCAUUCACAGCCACAACACUGCCCAGGACCAGAGAACCUCCCAAUGCACUGUAUCUGAGUCUGACCACCCCAGUGGAGCCCAAGACGAGUGCUGCCUCUCCCAGGUCCCCGCUGUCUCCGAGAUAUGCCAAUUGUCUGGAAACGUAUGUGGUGAUAACGCUUCCCUCAGAGCCUGGCACACCCACAGAGGGCAUCACUGUCCAAGCCCCCAUCAGGAGAGGAUCCAUCCCCUUCACUAUGCAGACAUGCCCAAUGUAUAGGACUACACCUUCAGAACAACAGUCACCCAUUACGGCCUUCUCAGCCCACGCCACUGUCAGGAGAGCGUCAGUUCCCUCAUUGAGGCAGCUGCCACCACCAACAGCAGCAAUAGUACCAGUCGAAGUAGCAGCAUCCCUAGAGGGAGUCACUGCAACAGCAAGGCAGCCUUACAUGCCAUCAGCUAUGCAGCCUGCACACGGUGUGGCUGAGGUGGUGACCAUUUCAGCAGGGUCGGAGAUGCCUAUUCAGGUAUACAGUGUCAGAGCUCCAAUAAAGAAACCGUAUAUACCUCCAACAGCCCAGCCACAACAGAACGUGUCUGAAGUUAGGACAAUGCCAUCAGAGCCACAGGGUCCUGUAGAAGUGUCUGCAGCUCAAGCUUCUGGUAGAAGGGCAUCAAUACAUGAUGUACCUCAGCAGCCACAAUAUGUGGCUGAAGUAAUGGCUUUACCAGCAGAGCAGGUCUUACCUACAGAUGUAGUUUCAACUGAGGCCAUGCCUGGAAGAGCAUCAAUACCAUCAGAAACGCAACAACCACAAACCAUGGGAGAGUUAUUAGCAAUGCCCUUAGAAGCUAUGCCCCCAACCAUCCAUCAGUCAGCAUCACUGACAGAGGUGGUUUCAACUGAGGCCAUCUCUAGAAGAGCAUCAAUACCAUCAGAAAUGCGGCAACCACAAACCAUGGCAGAGGUAAUGCCAUUGCAGCGGGAGAUGCCUACUGAAGCUAUUGCCAGCCAAGUCCAUAAAGUGACAAUACCAUCAACAAUGGAGCAACCACAAACCAUGGCAGAGGUAGCAUGCCCUUAUGAGAUGCAGCAUGAGAUGCCUACUGAAGCUAUUGCCAGCCAAGUCCAUGUAGAAGCUACACCCCCAACCAUGCAUCAGUCACCAUCACUGAUUGAAGUGGUUUCAACUGAGGCCAUCUCUAGAAGAGUGACAAUACCAUCAACAAUGGAGCAACCACAAACCAUGGCAGAGGUAACAGCAAUGCCCUUACAGCAGGAGAUGCCUACUGCAGCUAUUGCCAGCCAAGUCCAUGUAGAAGCUACACCCUCAACCAUGCAUCAGUCACCAUCACUGAUUGAAGUGGUUUCAACUGAGGCCAUCUCUAGAAGAGUGACAAUACCAUCAACAAUGGAGCAACCACAAACCAUGGCAGAGGUAACAGCAAUGCCCUUACAGCAGGAGAUGCCUACUGCAGCUAUUGCCAGCCAAGUCCAUGUAGAAGCUACACCCUCAACCAUGCAUCAGUCACCAUCACUGAUAGAAGUGGUUUCAACUGAGGCCAUCUAUAGCCUCGCAUCAACACCAUCACCAAUGCAGCAGCCAAAACCCAUGGCAGAGGUAGGAGCAAUGCCCUUACAGCAGGAGAUACCAUCAAUACCAUCAGCUGCACCGCAACCACAAGCAGUGGCCGAAGUGAUGACGUUGCCUUCAGAGUAUGAAAUGCCUACGGAAGUUAGAACAACUGAGGCCACUACCACUAGAAGGACAUCCAUAUACUCUGUAGCACAACAACCAUACACAGUUGCUGAAGUAACGGCUUACCCAUCAGAAUAUGAAACACCAAUCCAGGUGGUUACAACCGAGGCUAUUUCCACUACAAGAAGAGCGUCUAUAACCAUGCAGAAACCCCUUAGUAUGGCCCAGGUUAUCACGAUGCCUGCAGAGCCAGACGUAGAGGCAUAUGCUGCCCAAGUCCCAUACAGGAGAGGGUCCAUCCCCUCAGCAGUGCAACCACCACAGGCAGUACCAGAAGUGCUGAUUUAUUCAUCAGCCCAUGAGACCCCCCUGGAAUUCAUUACAACUGAAGCCUACACCAGGAGAAUGUCAGUUCCAUCUAUCCAGGAGAUUCCCGAGGCCGUCCCCGUGGCUCCAGUCACCAUCACCAGGAAAUUCCACCAUGAGUCAAUCGAGAGCCAGGAGAUCCAUGGGCCUAAGGUGGUGAACAGCCUGAGCCACAUGUACUCCUCAUCUAUCUCCACCUCAGCCCAGCACCCGGAGAGCCUGCCCAGCCUGGUCACUCAGGUGGUCACCACCGAGGUUCAGAGAACCACGGUGUCUUUGGUCCAUGAGAGGCUGCCCCAGGUUCCUGCAUCCAAUGGAGUGGCCAUCACCAUCCAGCCAGACUUGGUUAAAGUCCAGCCCUCUCCCAAACAGAAUGGGAAGAUCUACUCCGGUGAUGCCAUUGACCUCCGCACCAUUAAGGUUGGCGUGAAGAUGACCGAUUCAGGGAUGGACUUGACCCCACAGGAAUCAAGUCGCCAGUCCACCUGUAGCGACUCUAGUGGCCGACAUACAGCAGUGCAGCCAGAGAUAGUGAACUUGAGUGCUGAGAUCACCCCUUCCACCACGCUGUCUGUUGUCACUGAUAGCAUCACUAUCGUCACCUGUUCAGACACCAUUGAGUCCUACACCAGCGAGCCAGCAGAAAUACCUUUAGAUCUGCAGGGUUAUGUUGCCUCCAUGCCUCUCCCUCUCACCACAUACAAACCAUUCCAGCCUCUGGCACAGAUAGUGUACAGACGGGUGGACUCUCCGCCUAUCAGCAACACAGUGUUAGCCACAGACACAGAGACACCAAUCAACCUGUCUUAUGGAGCCUCCAUGGUAAAUAGCAGACUUCCAGUGACCAUGGCCCCCGCUAUCACCAACGUGGGGGACAUGCUCUCAGAGCCAGCAGGGGCUGUGGAUCUGUCCACCUCUAGACCCCUCAGGGCCAUGGCGGCUCUGUCUGACAAGAGCCCUGGUGUGGUGACCACAGUCAUAGAGGAUGAUGGGACACCCAUAGAUCUGACAGCUGGGAGGAAUGUGUGCUGUGAUGUCAUCUACAAGCUACCCUUCACAGGGAGCUGUAGGACCCAGCCGCCGGUUAUUACCCAACCUGACAACCGCUUCGGCUACAGAGAUGACCACUACCAGUAUGAUCAUGCUGGGUUUUAUGGCAUCAAGGGCCUGAGCGGCAAGGCCAUGUCUGAGACCAACCUGGCUGAUGCAGGACUGUUCCUCUAUGAUGGAAAGACCAGAUAUAACUAUAACGGAGCCUCGGACAGUGCAAUAGACCUGACUGCUGCUAAUAUGUCCGCAGGUGAAGCUCUAGACUACACCAGUAAAGCUGCUGGGGCGUAUACGGGGAUAUCCACUGCUCCAUAUUCCCAGGUCUCUGCUUAUAGUGUCUUUAGAUCCUCAGACGGAAUGGUAUACUCCUCCAUAGCAGCCCCUGUUCCUUCUACAUACCCCAUCACCACUCAGCCAGGUUCCAUCUUCAGCACCACCCUACCUCCUACCACAACCCUCCAGGAGCAGCCAGCACCAGCUCCACACCCCUAUGGCUUUAUUCCCACUAGCGACCCUGGCCAACAGAUCAUCAGCCUGGACACUAGCCUGCCCAAGGACCUGCUGCCCAGCGCUCUGGCUGACAUCAUGACUGGCUUCCCUGACCUGUACUCUGACCAGACACUGGAGGCCAUCGCAGCCUCUCUGGACGCCCUGGCUUCAUCGCCCAUGUUCCCCGGUCUGGAUGACAGCAAGAUCACCCAGUACCAGAUGGAGAGGGAGUUCCUGCAGCUGGAGAAGCUGAAGCAGCUGUGUCUGGCUGAGGAGCUGGAGUGGGAGAGGCAGGAGAUCCAGCGCUACCGUGAACAGGAGCAGAUCAUGGUGCAGAGGGAGCUGGAGGAGCUGCAGGCUCUGAAACAGCAGCUGUUAAUGCAACAGGAAGAGGAGCACCAGGCGCAACUUGUAGCCCAGCAAGAGACCUACAACCAGCAGAGGCAACAGUUAGAGCAGAUCCAACAACUCCAGGUGCAGCUACAGCACCAGCUAGAUGAGCAGUACAGUACUACAGGGUCAGACAACCUGCUAGAGAAGCAGUAUACAGGGGUUGGGGAUAACGGCCAAUACUGGCCUGUUAGGGAUGAGUCCACCAUCUCAUCCACUGUCACCCAGCUAGAGGGUGGGCAGUAUGUAACCAGUGAGGGUCAGAGAGAGGGUGGAGGUCAGGACCAGCUGCAGCUCAGUAGGAAACAACCGGCAGGGUCUAACCAGCCUGGUGACCAGGGCUAUGGUACAGGGGUGGUAGGGAAGAGGAUAGUGGACAGUGGGGUCCAGACAGACGAUGAGGACUCAGUAGACAGGAUGUAUGUAGGGAGGAGGAAGAGGAACUACAGGAAGGGUGUAGACAGCAGUGUUCAGACUGAUGAUGAGGAGGACCAGGAGGUUGAGUGGGACAUGCCAGCCAGGUCGCGGCGGCGCUCCCGCUCCAGUAAGCACAGUGGUGAGGGGAAACACGGUGGCUCUAAGGUCUCCAGCAUUGCCAUUCAGACUAUUGCAGAGAUCUCUGUCCAGACCGACCACUCCGGGAGCAUCAAACGCCCCAGCAUCCAGAUGGACACUAAGGUGGAGAUCAUCAAACACAUCUCAGCCCCAGAGAACUCUCAGAGAGGUGGCAGUCUCAGCUGCCAGACAGACGCAGACCGGAGGCACCCCUCACCGGCAGACAUCACCCCCAAGUCCCCCAAGGUGCUCUACUCCACUGUGUCCACCCUCUCCUCCAGUAAGGCCAUGGAGGGAGGGCAAAAGAUGCUGACCACUGACCCGACCAGGUUUUCCUCCAGCCCUAUGAUGCUGAAGCCUGGGCAGAAGUCUAUAUCUGACCCAAAAUCUCUCAUCCAUACCACCGAGGACAGGAUAGGCUACCGCUACUCAGACAGCUACUCUGGCCAGAGCUCUUCGUCAGGCACUGGAAAGAAGGUGAAGAGAACCCUUCCCAACCCACCCCCUGAAGAUGACCCUCUGACCGGCCCGUCAGGUUACAGCACCAACUCAGCCCGCCGCCGGCUUGGCCGUCACACCACCAUGGCCCGGGCCAAGAUCCUGCAGGACAUUGACAAGGAGCUGGAUCUAGUGGAGAGAGAGUCAUCCAAACUCCGCAGGAAACAGGCCGAGCUAGAUGAGGAGGAGAAGGAGAUUGAUGCCAAGCUGAGGUACCUUGAGAUGGGCAUCAACCGUCGUAAGGAUGCCCUGCUGCAGGAGAGGGAGAAAAGAGAGAGGGCCUACCUGCAGGGCGUGGCUGAGGAGAGAGACUACAUGUCAGACAGUGAGGUCAGCAACAUCAGGGAGACCAGAGGUAGCAAUCACGGCCUGGAGAGACCCAGGACAGCUCCCCAGUCAGAGUUUGACCAGUUCAUCCCCCCUCAGACUGAGGCUGACUCUCAGUACUCCACUCUAACCAGUCCCUACUCCCACUAUGCCCAGUAUGUCCCCCAGACCAAUGCCACCAGCCACUACCCCCAGCAGACCCUGUACCAGCAACAGGCCCUCUACCAGCAGCACCCCUACCAAAGUCAGUCAGUUUACUCCUCUGUACCCAGCCUGUCCUACACCCAGGCCUCCCACUCCCACCAGCAGGCCCAGUCCUCAGGCUACCAGUCCAAGAACACCACCAACUACGAGGUGAUCCGGAACCAGCCCAUCAUCAUUGUACCCUCCUCCAGCGAGGGUGGGUAUGGGGUGGGAAAGUACAACAGCCUGGAACUGAGGAUGGGUCUGGAGGAGAGGAGAAUGGCCUCCAGCCCCAUGUCUAAUAUAUCUACUGAAUCCUUCUACGCUGACAUCGACCACCACAACGCCAGGAACUAUGUUCUGAUAGAGGACAUAGAGCAGCUGACUAAAGGCUCUGCAGGGCUGGGGUCAGGGUUCAGCCUGACUGACAAGGACCUGUCCAAGGCUGACAGGCUGCUCCGGGUCGCUGAAGCCAGGCGCACUGCAGAGGUCGCUGCGUUCCUGGGUAACUCGCGUCUGCACAGCUACGGUAAAGGAGAUGAGGACUCUAUGGAAGAGCCCUAUGAGCUGAAGCUCCUGAAGCAACAGAUAAAGCAGGAAUUUAGACGAGGGACGGAGGGUCUGGAGCACCUCUCAGGCCUGGGCAUGCCUCAGUACCUCCCCACUGACCCCAGCUACAGACACUUCCCUAAGGCUGAGAAGUACAGCAUCAGCCGACUGACCUUGGAGAAACAAGCUGCCAAGCAGCUUCCUGCCGCCGUGCUCUACCAGAAACAGAUCAAGAACCAGAAGAAGGCAACCCUGAUGGACCCCAAGAUAACAAAAUUCUCCCCCAUCCAGGAGAGCAGAGACCUGGAGCCAGACUACAGCAGCUUCCUGGGUUCUGGAGUCUCCUCUGUCACCAACCUGUCCACACGAGCCAGACUGCUUCAGGAUGAGAUCAACUUUGGCCUGAAGAAGAACCUCUCUGAGCAGCAGAAGUACCUGGGCUCCUCUCUGGGAACUAAUCUGGCUGGCUCUCUGAGCCAGUCCCUUAGCCUGGGAGGACCCACCAUGAGGUCCACCCUACAGGAUGACACCACCUACCCCAGCGGCACGAGCUCUCGCCCUUCCUCACGACCCAAUUCCCGCCCCACUUCUGUGUAUGGCCUGGAUCUUUCCAUCAAACGGGACUUGUCUAGCUCUUCUCUCAGGCUGAGGAGCGAGGGAGAAGCCCUGGAUGCAGCGUUCGGCUCUGGACUGGCCAGGACCAAGCCCACCAGCCUGCCCAUCGGGCGAAUCCCCAUCGUGGCCCAGAACUCAGAAGAGGAGAGCCCUCUGAGCCCGGUGGGAGAGCCAAUGGGCAUGGCCAGAGCCUCAGCUGGUCCUCUACCACCUAUCUCAGCUGACUCCAGAGACCAGUUUGGCUCCAGCCAUUCCCUGCCGGAGGUCCAGCAGCACAUGAGGGAGGAGUCCAGGGUUACACAUGGACAUAGUGGGGUCUACGACAGAGACAUAGCCUUCAUCAUGGAUGAUCUGGGGGGAGCGAUGUCUGACAGCGAAGCCCUAAAUGACUCCAUGCUGACACUGAACAGAGAUGAUCCCAGAAUCUUUCAUGAGAGUAUCAGACACGCCGGAGGCCCCAACUGGAACAUAGAAGCAUACCACCUGAGGAGGGAGGACACUGACUGGUUUGACAAGCCUGCAGAGAGACAACAUCGGGUAAACGGACAAGCUCUGGACAGGAGACAGAUGAAGUUGAUUCCCUAUGUGUAUCCUCACACCCGGAUCAAAGUACAGAGAGACCCCAAGGACAGCAGUGUUUCAGGGAAUGGCCUGGGGAUUCGUGUGGUGGGAGGGAAAGAGAUUCCUGGGAGUCGUGGUGAGAUAGGAGCUUACAUUGCCAAGGUUACGCUCGGGGGAGUGGCUGAACAGACAGGGAAAGUGGUGGAGGGAAUGCAGGUGUUGGAGUGGAACGGGGUUCCUCUGAUGGGGAAGACCUACGAGGAGGUGCAGUGCAUUAUGAGUCAGCCGUGUGCAGAGGCGGAGCUCUGUGUCAGACUUGAUCUGAACAUGCUGUCUGACGCUGAUCACCCCCAGGCCCUGGAGAUCCACGCCCAGCUGAAGCCUGGUGACAGGCAGCGCUCUCCAGGAGUGGAUCCUAAGCAACUGGCUGCAGAGCUGCAGAAGGUGUCCCAACAACAGGCCCCUGGGAUGGGGCUGGGUGUGGGGGGGCCAGUAGGGGUCCUUUCUGCCCUGGACCGCUCAGCUCUGUUACACUCAGGCAAUGCAUCGGCCAGCUCUAGUGCCGUCCCCAGCCCCGGCCAGCCUGCCUCCCCAGCCAUCAACAAGAAACAACGCCACAGCACCAAGUCGACAGCAGACGUGCAACUGCUGAAGCCUCAGCCUCGUCCUGUAACAGGGGAAAUACAGCUCCAGAUCCACUACGACAGGAACCUGGGGAAUCUGAUAGUGCAUGUCCUCCAGGCCAGGAACCUUGCUCAGAGAGACCCCAAAGAAUACUCUGACCCCUUUGUCAAGGUCUACCUCCUACCAGGGAGAGGACAAGUCAUGGUAGUCCAGAACGCAAGUGCUGAGAACAAGAGGAGGACCAAGUACGUCCAGAGGAGUCUGAACCCAGAGUGGAACCAGACUGUCAUCUACAAGAACAUACACCUGGAACAGCUAAAGAAAAAGACUCUGGAGGUGACAGUGUGGGAUUAUGACAGAUCUUCCUCCAAUGACUUCCUGGGAGAAGUGUUGAUAGACCUGUCUAACACAUCCCAGCUGGACAACACUCCUCGCUGGCUGCCUCUGAAGGAGCAGAGUGAGAGUAUCGAGCACAGCAGAACCCACCACACCGCUCAGGGGCCUGGGGGGCCAGGAGCAGGGACAGGGCCAGGACAGGGGUCUGUUGCGGGGCAAGAACCGGGACAGGGCAUGGGGCCAGGGAUGGGCCAAGGACAGGGACAGAUGGGGGAGUGCCAUGAGUCUCCUAAGAACUCUGUGAUAAAGAGCAGGAGCCACGGGAUCUUCCCUGACCCAGCAAAAGACAUGCAGAUGGUGACUCUAGAGAAAUCCCACAGUAGUCCAGGCAGCUCUAAGUCGUCUUCAGACGGCCAGCUUCGUUCCCAUGGUCCAUCCCGCAGCCAGAGCAAGAGCAGCGUCACGCAAGCCCACCUGGAGGAUGCUGGGAUAGCUAUAGCUGCCGCCGAGGCCGCCGUGCAACAGUCCCGCCUCCAACCAAGACCAGGCCACAGGUUGGGGGAUGUGUCUGGGCCGGUGGUGUCCUCAGCCCCCAGUCUGAUGGAGGGGUAUGGGGGUCUGGAAGGAGACGAGGGGGCUGGCACAGGGGUGGACAGUGCCAUCUUCCAGGUCCCAUGCAUAGGGAAGAUCAUCCCCAACGGUCCUGACAAGUUUAGGGGACUGCCACUCUCGCUAUCAGACAGUGAGGGGGGUGGGGGUAAAACCCAGGUCAUGGGGGAGAUCAAGGUUGCUCUGAAGAAGGAGGUGAAACAAGAGGGAGACCAGCUGAUCCUGGAAGUCCUACAGUGUAGAAACAUCACUUACAAAUUCAAGAGCCCAGACCACCUACCAGAUCUCUAUGUGAAGCUGUAUGUGGUGAACGUGGCGACUCAGAAGAGGAUUAUCAAGAAGAAGACCAGAGUGUGUCGUCACGACAGAGAACCCUCCUUCAACGAGACCUUUAGGUUCAGCCUCAACCCCACCGGACACUCCCUGCAGUUGUUCCUGGUGUCUAACGGGGGUAAGUUUAUGAAGAAGACCCUGAUAGGAGAGGCCUACAUCUGGCUGGACAAGGUGGACAUGAGGAAGAGGGUGGUCAGCUGGCACAAGCUGCUGGUCAGCUCCACACACAACCAGUCAUGAGAGAUCGACUUGAGAGGACACCGAGGGGUCAACCAGAGGUCAGUGAAGAUCAAUGAAUACUCUUGGUCAAUGGCUGUUCUUUGUCAAGACGAGGAGGAGGAGUUGAGUUACACAGUGCCCUUCAUCCCCUUUGUGUUAUUCUGUAUGAAAAGAAAAGAGAGGGGGAGGAGAAGAAGAGAUAAGAGGGAAGGAAGAGGGGUUGCGGGUACGGACAUGCCCAGAAAGAACUGAUUCUCCUGUUCCCUCUCCCACUGCCAUACAUGGACUGUACCCUGAUUCUUAAUUGGACCAAAGACUGUCAGAGACUGUGCCCUGAUUGGAUAGACUGUCAGCACACACACACACACACACCGAGGAAUGAAGAAGUCCUCCACUGUAAGAGGACACACACAUCUCACCACCUCUCAGCUCUCUGCUCGACAUGUCGGAUGCAAAACCUGACGUCAAACAGGACUGGGCAGCAAUAUCACAAAGAUAGUUACCAUGAUGGAACUACUCAUUUCUGUUCUGUCUGGAUCUGAUACGGUUGUUUAUGGCUUAUCAGAUCAUUUUCAUUACUGUGAUUGAUCUGUGAAAAUGUCAGUCAGUCAGUCAGUCAGUGAGUGGGGUUCAAAUUGAUGUAUUUGUUUGUGUGUUUUUGUCCUUGGCUGCUUGAAAAAGUAUGGAAUGUUUGUUGUAAGAUUCUAUUUAUGUUGUGUACAAAAAGUACAGUGCAAUUAUAUGGUUGAUAAGUAAUUAACGAAACCUGACCAUACCUGAACGCUCAAGUCCAGUAGGUGGCAGUAAUGUACCGUUACAGUUUGUUGCCAACAGCCAUAAAACUCCAACUUGACCUUACCUGGAUAGAUGUACAUGUACAUUCAGAUUUAGAUAGAUAUAUGUCAGAAUAUGAAUCAUAUCAGAGACACAGUGUACAGAGAAAUGUUAUUUAUGACCAUAGAUACAUAUAUUACAGACGAUAUGAGGUGUCUCCUCGUGUACAGUUUAUUCUAAAGACUACAUUCUGUACAGACAAGAGUAUGGAAGGAGCACAGACAAUCCAAUCCCUUUAGCUCUGGUGUUAUGCAGUUAUACUGGGUGUUAUACAGUAGGAAAAUGCAGUUCAAAUGGUGAAUGUAGAACUCAUAGCACAACUGAGACAUUAGAGGAAAACUACUACAUGGAUAUCCCUCCUCUUACAGGUGGGGAGAAGAGAACAGAUAGAAGAGGAUGUCAGGUCCCUUCCCUUCAAACUCAUUUCAGUCUGAUAUAUUGUGUUGUGAGAGUGUCCAUUCCAUAUACAGACAGCAGUGUGUAGGAAUCUUCCGUCCCCUCCCCUCAUUAUGUCCUGAAUGUUACUCACUGAGGAAGAUCCCAUGGUUUUACUGGACCCAUGAGACUGUUUAUGUUUUUGUGAAGUCUUACGCACAUGUGACUGGAGGCUUAAACAAUAGUUUUGGUUUGAGAGCAAAACAGAGAUUGCUGGCCACCUUGACCAACCUGCCAAUCUGACAGAGGGGUGUGUAGCUUCUCUCUGGUGAGUUGCUUUGCUCCCCUGUUUGGGCUGCUGGGCUGCUCACCUAUUCUAUGUUAAAGCAACAGUUAGACACACCUGUCCUCUGCAUGUGUGACAUCAGUCUGGUUCUGUAAAAAAACAAAAAUGUAUGUUUAACAGAACACUCAACAUCUUGCUGUAAACAGUACGCUGUAAACAGUACA